AUGAUUGGCGAUUCCUCCAUUGACCCGCAACUCGGAGAGCGCCAAUACUCCAUCUUCAGUCAAGCAUCUACCCUGGUUGGGGACUCCAGGCCGGUCGACAGCACAGAGCUCCUCCACAGCCUCGUCGAGCAUGGCGCACUUAAUUCCAUCACCGACACCCUCGACAUAGCUAGACGUAUAGGAGACACCGACAUCCUUGCCUCUCUCAUCGAUCCCCGCCUUAUCGCCCAACGAGAGCGCAUGAUAGCAUCCCUCCCCCCUGACCUUUGGAAACACAUCCUCUCCCACCUCGAUCUUGUUUCUGCUGCUGCGCUCACCAUCGCCAGCAAGACUCUGUUCUUAAAACUAGGCACGUCCUCUCUAGCCACUCUAAACGCACCCCAAAACCGCCCCUCCCGCCUCCGCUUCCUCCAAUACCUCGAUCCCACCCUCCCCCUCCACCUCCUCUGCUUCCCCUGCGCAACCUACCACCUCCGCCUCAACCCAGGCCAAGAGCGCCUAACAGCCGACUACACCUCCACCCCCCUCUUCCUCUGCCCAAAAGUCCACAGCUCCGUCCUUCCCCGCACCCGCCUGACCCACGCCCGCGCCCUCCCCCUCGCCUUCGUCCAACUCGUUCUCCGCGCCCACUGCUACGGCCCCACCUACGGCAUCCCCACCGCCACCCUCUCCCGCCGCUGGAACUGUCCCCACAGCAACUGGCGCCACGCGACGCGCUACAUGGUGCACCGCGACCACCUCCUCAUGCGCGUGGUCUCGCAGUGCAUCGCGGAGCCGAAACUCACGCCCACGGGCGAGCGAAUGCUCCUCUAUUCCCGCGAGGAGUACGAGCCCUACUUCUCCGUCUGCGCGCACUGGCGCGAUGGCGUGCUGAUGGACGUGUGUAAGUGCGCGCUCAGCCACAUCCCGGAGCGGCCGAAGGCAGGCGUGCGGGAGGUGCUGGCUUCUGGGCCGAAAGGAACUGCGGCUGCCGCGCUGAGAGGGAUGCAGGGUGGGGCAGGGCAGGGGAUGAUGGUGAGGGGGUGUGGGGUGUGUGGGCCCAUGCGGCGGUGUAAGGAUUGUGCGAGUGAGUAUCUGGUUGAGGUGAAAAUGGUGGAGGAUGAGCGGGAUAAGGUGGUGAGGUUUAAGCAUGCGAUUACGGUGACGAGGUGGGCGGAUUUGGGGGACGGGAGGGAGGUGGAAGGGGGAGAGUGGGGGGCGAUGAAUGGGGUGAAGCUACACGGUAAGGCGUAUGAUUCUUUUGGGAUUAUUGGGGGCAGGGCGUUGAGUGGGAUUUUUGAGGCGGAGAUUAGUGGAAGUAUUCCGGGUCAGAGGAUUUUAAAUUUGAACCCUGAGGGCGCGGAGAGGAAUGAAGAAGGGGGUGGGUGGUACUGAUGAGUAGUAAAGCCAAAUUGCGAAGUCGGAGUACAUCUAACGGCAAUAAUUACGCAAUAUUAACACUCGUUGAUCAAUAACGGUUUCGGUGAUUUAGCUCAAACGAAUCCCCUGAAAUGCAAAUACGCAACUACGUCUACAAAUCCGUUUUUCGUUUUUAGCGGAAGGGGUGUUUUGGUAUAUGGGACUCAGUAGCGCCAAUUGCGCGUUCAAAGCUAGCAUAGCCUCCCAUC